UAUCGCGGAGUCAAAUCUAAGAAAGGUGGAGACUUCGGGAUAACUUCCUGCACAGUAACUUACUCUUACAAAUCAUACCUCACACUUAAACAACAGUCCGACAUUACAACAAGGUCGAAUGGAUUAAUACAGCAAAUAAACGCGCUAACAAGCACUUCACCGACACGAUUCCCCGCACAAGUAGGAUUUACAGCUAGCAUCCAGCCUGCUAGCUAACAUCAGCCACCGGGACGGCAGAUUGUACACAUCAGAUCAAGACGGUCUCGUAUCGAAGGACAGUAUGGUUGAGGUGGUGGUGGAGUACGAAUAUCAAGCCCUCCACGACGACGAGUUAACCCUCAAACUCGGAGACGUGAUAAAAAAUGUACGAAGAAUCGACGAGGACGGAUGGAUGGAAGGAAUGCUCAAUGGAAAACGAGGCAUUUUCCCAGACAACUUCGUAAAGGAGGUGAAAAAAGAGGAGCCAAAGACCAAAGAGGAGCCGAAGGAGGCUAAAGAAGUGAAGGAAUUGAAAGAGGAAUCUCCGAUACAGCGACGAGCGUCGGGGAACGUUGCGAGUCUGGUGCAGAGGAUCAGCACUUACGGCAUCCCCACCGGAGGACUCGGAUUCCAGCCCAACUCUCAACCCCGUGCCUCAAAAAAGAAGCCCAAAAAGCGUCAGUGCAAAGCCCUGUUUGAAUAUGUGCCUCAGAAUGAAGACGAGCUGGAACUGAAAGUUGGAGAUAUCAUUGACAUCACAGAAGAGGUCGAAGAAGGCUGGUGGAGCGGAACUAUGAAUGGGAAGUCUGGACUUUUUCCUUCCAACUUUGUCAAAGAAAUAGAAACAGCUGAAGACACAGAGACAAGCGAUGUAACAGACGAGCCAGAUAACAGAGAUGGGACCACCAGCCCUACGUCCCCUCAUCCCGGCAAUGGGAUAAUGGCUCAGCAGAAGGUCAAGGGCAUCGGCUUUGGUGACAUUUUCCGAGAGGGUUCUGUCAAACUCCACAAAGUCCAAAGAACUCCUUCUGAAAGUGAAGAAAAGAAAGAAAGGCCAAUUCCAUCAUUACCAUCUGCCACAAAACCCUCCCCUUUGAGCACUCCUGACCCUCAUAAAGGAGAAAAAGAGGCUGAAAACAAAGGAAAAGUAAAAGAAUACUGCAAGGCCAUCUUCCCGUAUGAUGCAACUAACCAAGAUGAGCUGGAUUUAAAGGAGGGUGACGCCAUUCUUUUACUAAGCAAAGACACGGGUGAGCAGGGCUGGUGGAGAGGAGAGAUCAACGGAAGACAAGGAGUUUUUCCAGACAACUUUGUGGCUCUUUUACUUGAAACAGAAAAAGAGACUCUCGCGUCCAAAGGCUCCAUUAAAGCAUCUCCUAAACUGGAACCAGAGGAGAAGCCAAAGAAGCCACCGCCCCCCUCCAAGACCCCAGUUCUGAAACCAGAGGCUCCCAUCGCGGACAGGAGGCAACCGCAGCCACGGCCUGAUGAUAAAGCUGUCAAACCCUUGCCGGAGAAACCCGCCAAACCCGCUGCCCCCAUCGUACCCCCCAAAAAACCCGUGCCUCCGAGCAAGGCGCUGCUGCGUCCAACUCCCGUCCACAGCAAACCUAUCGCUCCAUCGCCAUCUGUCAAGCAAGUCCACAAUGGAGAAGUUCCCCUUAUUCGACCAAAGUCGGAGGGCGACCUUUUACCCAGCAAGCCAAAAGCAACAGUUGUGGAUGGCAUCGAGAAGAAUCCAGACGCAGUCAUUCUCAUGACAUUUGAGGACGUCUCCGCUACCUCAGAGAAGUUAUCCCACCCCACCGCAAACCGACCAAAGAUGCCUGGGAGGAGACUGCCUGGUCACAGAGGCCAUUCUCCGAGCAAAGAGUCUGUCGAGAAACCUGAGAAAAUUGAGAAACUGGAUGAAGAGGACAAGACAUCUUCCUCACAGAAGACAAAUUUCUCAUCAGCAUUACCGUCUCCUGCACCUAAAGCAAGUUUAGCCACCCUAAUCGCACCCGAGUCCAAACCAAAAGCUGACAAGGAGGAGGAGAAAAAGGGCUCUGAGCUGGAGGACCUUAAGGCCCAGAUGAAGGAGCUGAUGCUCUCUGUAGAGUUACUGAAGACACAACAAAUGAGAGAAUUACAUGAACUCAGAAAUGAACUGGAUGACGAGAAGCUCAAACGUGUGGCUCUGCAGAUGGAGAUAGAAAAACUGAAGAAGAUUGUACAGUCAACGUGAAACCUGGCACCAAUCUGGACUUGAAGCUCCGCUGUAAUGUCACGGGUGAAAAACGACUCCAGCUGGAGGGACAAAUGUCGUUUUUACACUUACUGACUUCUACAAAUUGUAAGAUUCACAUAUUUGCACAUAAUGAGUUUUUCUAGGUCUAGAAAAGUGUAAUUACAUCAGAUGUAUAUGUUUGUUUGUUUCUUUUUUUUUGCCAAGAAAACAUGAUUGAGGCCUUACUUAACUACUGUGCUGAAUAUGCAAUCUCCGUACUUAUUGACAAGUGCAGUGGAUUAUGCAUUUAAUACUACUGAGUCUGUAUAAAUGAGGGUGGAUUAUGUCAUUUCCUUGUUUUUUAUGACAUGGGUUAGUUUUUAAAGCAAACUGUUAUGCUCUCAGCAAUGCUCUUGUCUGUAUUAGCUUCUUUUGAUGAUUAUGUAUGGCAUACUCUUGUUUGCAAAGUGAUGAUGUAUUCUGUUGCCGUUUCGAAAGGGAGACAUUUUUUUCUUUUGUUGUUUUCUAACAUUCCUAUCCAGGGUAACACUAUUGUGCCUGUUAAGAUUUUUACAAGUGUUAAUACUGGGAGCGCUCAUACUAUAUAAAUAUAUAUAUAUAUAAAUAUAUAUGUGUAUACUUAGAUUUACAGCAUGAUAUAUAUUUUUAUGGUCUGAUUGAGACAUCAUAAUGACAAAUGUACUGGGAUUGUUAUCUGUGUUUGGUUUAAAACGUGCAUCGCCACAAGAAAAAGAUCUUAUAAACGCGGUGUCAUUUCACCAAUGACAUGCAAUCAAUUCAUAAUUUAAAUCCAGUUUUAGACCUAGUGGUUUUGUCCUACUGGACCAAUACUCCCGAAAAUCAUGUUGAAAUUUUAAUGAUCCACUUUAUUUUUUUUGUGUUUUGUCAUCUUUUACAUUAUAAAGAAACAUACCAGACAACUUUGCUUUACUCCAAUAAUGUUCCAGUCUUGGUAGCAUGUUUCUACAUCACAGCCUGCCGGUACCUGUUUCAAGAUGACUGGUUGGCUAGUUAAAACAUCUGGUUUAUUCUGAUGGGACUCAAUUUGUUAAACUCACCUCUGGAGAUGGAGGAAACUGUCUCUCGGUGGAAGAGACGAAGGCCAGUCAGCCGGAAAGACACGAUGAGAAAAGACAGAUACCAGGUGUAGAAAAUAACCAGUGAAAUUUAUUUAUUUAAUUCCUAAACUCUGAUUGGGCUUUUAAUAGUAACCAGAAUGUAUGUAUCAACAAGUGGAGUACUGCAUUGCUCAACAAACUCAACUUGAACUCGAGUUUGUCUUAAACCCAAUAAAUGAAAUGCUCUCAGAUACACAGAAAAGUGUUCCCGUUCUUUAGGCUUUGUUAAAAAGCUUACAUUUCCUUAUGUUUAAAAAAUCCUAAAUAAAAGCAUUCCUGAUCAGGGAUUGUUUUAGCGAGCAAGGAAGUGAGGAAGUGAGCGAGCAAAGAAUCGCAUGCUGCCCUUUGUUGACGCAGUUGGAUGAAAUUUAUCCUUAAAGCAAUAAACAAACAUCUCUUUGAUUUCCAUCUCUCUCUGUAAAAUGAAUAUGUUCUUGUGCAGAUGUUUUGUUGUAUGUAGCUACUUCAGAAGAUAAAGAACAUAAAAAAUGUGUGUCGUAUGAAAUGGGAAACACAUUCCAGUUUCUUUCUGAAGAUCUGUUGUGCAUUCGUCAUCUCUUAAAUGAUCUUGUUUACAUGAUUUCCUGAAUUGCAUGAACUGAGAUUUUUUCCAGGCUAAAUAAAUGUGUUUAUUUACA